UGGUCCGACCGUCUGCCCCAUUUGCUGUUAGUGAAAACUCACAGCUUCGUUUUAUUCUAUGCAUCGAGAACGUCGGUUUCUCCGUUUUCCUUCGAAAUUGCCUUCACCGAUCUGAUCUCCGUUUUCCUCUCAACACCGCACCCGAAUCUUUUCGCUUCCUCCGUGCCGUCUUCUUGAAGGAUUUCCAGCUCGGGGUGAGGUCGAUGGCGGUCUCUCUCCGCUCCACUGUCGCCCUUUGCCGUCUGGAUCGUAGGUGGUCUUCCGAACUCUACUGCUUCCGCCAGGAGGUCAAGGAUAAGGGACUCUUCCCGAGAAGACGCAGGAGUCUGCGGGGUUGUCGCUUUCGGAGUCAUAGGGUUGCCUGCCAUCUGGAGCUGGAGGGCUUAGUAAGAAGGAAGUGUUGCCCCUAUCUAGAAGGUUCUUUUCUUUCUAGUUCCAAUGAUCCAUCCUUGCACGAGUGGAGUGCAAUUCCAGAUAUUUGGAAGUCAUCAGCAGAAAAAUAUGGUGAUCGUGUUGCUCUUGUGGAUCCUUAUCACGAGCCACCUACAGAGUUAACUUACAAACAGCUUGAGCAAGAAAUUUUGAACUUUUCUGAAGGCUUAAGGGUUGUUGGAGUUGCUCCAGAUGAAAAGCUAGCACUUUUUGCUGAUAAUUCUUGUAGGUGGUUAAUUGCAGACCAAGGUUGUGUUGCAGGAAUAAUGGCUACCGGUGCAAUAAAUGUAGUUAGGGGUACUAGAUCUUCAAAUGAAGAAUUGUUUCAUAUAUAUGACCACUCUGAAAGUGAUGCACUUGUUGUCGACAAUCCUCAAUUUUUCAACAGGCUUGCAGAAUCCUUCAUUACAAGGGCUCAUAUAAGAUUCGUUGUUCUACUUUGGGGCGAGAAAUCACACCUUAAAAGCAAAUUUGUGGAUGAAAUGCCUAUAUAUGAGUACAAGGAUAUUGUGGAACUAGGACAACAAAGCCGCCAUGCAUUGCUUCAUUCUUGGCCGACAGGCCAGAAGUAUGUUUAUGAAGCCAUCAACCCUGAAGAUGUUGCUACACUAAUGUAUACAAGUGGAACAAGUGGUAUUCCCAAAGGUGUGAUGCUUACGCAUCAGAAUCUUUUGCAUCAGAUAAAGAACUUGUGGGACAUUGUGCCUGCAGAAGCCGGAGACCGUUUCUUGAGUAUGCUGCCAACAUGGCAUGCAUAUGAGCGUGCAGCUGAGUAUUUUAUAUUUACCUAUGGGAUUGAGCAGGUUUACACAAACAUUAAAAGGUUGAAGGAUGACUUGAAGCUCUAUCAACCUCAGUAUCUUAUUUCUGUUCCCCUGGUUUAUGAAACACUUUACAGUUCAAUCCAGAAGCAGAUAUCUUCAAGCUCUGGUGCUCGGAAGUUUGUUGCACUUAUGUUAAUUAAAGUUAGUUUGUUAUACAUGGAAGCCAAGAGGAUUUAUGAGGGUGGAUUCUUAACAAAAGAACACAUUCAAGAAUCAUUAAUUAUAGUUGUGAAAGACUGGUUGUGGGCAAGAAUUGUUGCUGUACUUCUCUGGCCACUGCAUACAUUGGCAAUGAAGCUAGUUUAUAGCAAAAUUCAUUCUGCAAUUGGAAUAUCAAAGGCUGGUAUAAGUGGUGGUGCGAGUUUACCAUCGCAUAUUGACCGGUUUUUUGAGGCUAUUGGUGUUAAGGUGCAGAAUGGUUAUGGUCUAACAGAAACUUCUCCUGUUGUAGCUGCUCGACGGCCAUCUUGCAAUGUUCUUGGCACAAUUGGCCACCCGCUUAAGUACACAGAAAUCAAAAUAGUGGAUAUGAAAACUGGUGAGGUUCUUCCAGAUGGUUUAAAAGGCAUUGUCAAAGUCAAAGGGCCACAAGUCAUGAAAGGUUACUACAAGAAUCCAUCUGCUACAAGUGAAGCUGUAGAUGAAGAGGGCUGGUUUAACACUGGUGAUAUAGGUUGGAUUAUACCGAUGCAUUCCAUGGGGAGGAGUCGUAACUGUGGGGGAAUGAUUGUUCUUGAAGGACGAUCAAAGGACACAAUAGUUCUUAGCACAGGUGAGAAUGUUGAACCAACAGAGCUCGAGGCUGCUGCCAUGCGAAGUAGUUUGAUACAACAAAUUGUGGUCAUUGGUCAGGAUCAACGGAGGCUUGGAGCUAUAAUUGUCCCAAACAAAGAUGAAGUUUUAGCAGUAGCUCGAAGGCAGUCAAUUGUAAAUGAUGACUCUGAGCUGAGUGAAAAUAAGAUGAUGAGCCUGUUAUAUGAUGAGUUAAAAACUUGGACUGUUGGUUUCUCUUUCCGGAUCGGACCCAUACUGAUAGUGGACGAGCCCUUCACGAUUGAUAAUGGUUUAAUGACUCCAACCAUGAAAGUAAAAAGGAACGAAGUUGCAGAUCGGUACAGGGAACAAAUUAAGCAGCUAUACAAGUAAAUUACUGCUCGAAACUCUUUUCUUGUUUGUGAUCUGUUGAAUGGCUGAAAUAAAAGCUUGGAAUGUAUCUUGACAUUUGAAGUUAGGGACAGUAACAUCGUCCAAUGGAUUUGAUAAUUCUAGCCUUAUAAGUGUGAAAGAAAAAUAAUCAUGGGUCAGAGAUAUCAUCAACACUAACACCAUCAAUCUGCAAUCUGUGUAUGCAUGUAUUAUAGAUUAAAGCUCCUUGGAAGUUGCUAUUAGCUCAAAAGAUUAGAGGCAAAGAGCUCAAAAGUAUAACUAUGGAGCUUUCUUAUUGUUUAAAACAGAUGGACGAAUCUGUGUUCAUAGUGAUCGGUACUUGUUGAUUAUUAAUUGAUCAUUAUAUUUUAAUUAUUGAUUGAAUGAACUGUCA